UCACGUGAAGGCACCGGCGGGCGGCGGGCGGGCCACAGGAGCUGGCUUGGCUUCUGCGGAGCCACCCCUGGCCCUAGUGUCUGACCACACACUGCCCACUCCGCACGGUCCGGGCUCCAGACUCUUUGCAGUCCAUACAGAGUGUGCCACCGCCACCAGAGCCGGGACGACGGCGCCAGCACCCCAGAGGCGGGCGGUGGUGGAUGCGCGGGCGGAAGCCCACAGUAUGGAUUCAGAUUCUGGAGAGCAGAGCGAGGGCGAGCCUGUGACUGCCGCAGGUCCUAAUGUGUUUAGCUCGAAGAAUCUUGCCCUACAAGCCCAGAAGAAGAUCCUGAGCAAAAUAGCCAGCAAAACCGUAGCCAACAUGCUGAUCGAUGACACCAGCAGUGAGAUCUUUGAUGAACUGUACAAAGUCACAGAAGAACACACCCAUAACAAGAAGGAGGCCCACAAGAUCAUGAAAGAUUUGAUCAAGGUGGCAAUCAAAAUUGGCAUCCUCUACCGGAACAAACAGUUCAGUCAAGAGGAGGUUAUGAUUGUGGAGAAACUCAGGAAGAAGCUGAACCAGACUGCCAUGACCAUGGUCAGUUUCUAUGAAGUAGAAUACACCUUUGAUACAAAUGUGCUCUCCAAGCUGCUCCAUGAGUGCAAGGACCUGGUCCAUGAGCUGGUGCAGCGCCAUUUGACACCCAGAACCCAUGGACGCAUAAACCAUGUCUUUAACCACUUCGCUGAUGUUGAGUUCCUUUCCACUCUCUAUGGUCCGCAUGGAAACUGCAGGCCAAAUCUCAAGAGGAUUUGUGAUGGAAUCAAUAAAUUGUUAGAUGAGAAGAUCCUCUGAAUGUCUCCUCUUGUCCUGAUUGAAGUUAGAACAUCCAACCUGGUCCAGUGAGAAUCAAGCAGCAACCCUUGUUCAAGAUGUUACUUGUUCUGUCCUAUUCAUCCUUCUGAUGCUGAUUUUAACCCAGACCUAAUGUGUUGACUCCCUGAGAACAGGCAUGAGAUCUUGUCUAAAUGAACUGUGUUUGCAAGCCCAGGGAAUAGUCAACUGUCCUAAGCAGGGAGCCUGCUUUGCUCACCACCAUGAGCUUACUUCAUCUUAAAGUAGAAGGUGUCCUGGAUUAGGACAUAGAAGACACAGGCUUCUGUAUCAGUCCUGCCACCAUGAAUGCUAUCUUCAGUGUUUCUAGAGAUGUGAUGUUUCCUGACUACCUCACAGGGCUGUUGUGAGGACCACAUUCAUGGUUAUGUGA